GUGCGUCGAACGGGCCUCAUCGCGUGCGUUACAAGUGGCCACCCUCGUCGGUCGGAACACACGGAAUUGGCCGGCAUAUUUUGUUUGUGUUUUUUUUUGUCGCGCUCUGGAAGGAUAAUAACAGGUGCUCUGCUCGUUUCACCACGUGCGCGCACCUAUUUCGUGAAUCGUGUGAUAUUCGACGCGUGUGAAAACGAGAGUUUUGGUGUCACGUUGCAAGGAGAGGUGGGGGAAAAAACGUUGUGAAUUUGCUUUUCACAGACUGUUUGAUGGUCGUGUUAUUAAAAAAUAGAGGCUCUCGAAAAAAAAGUGGACAAAUGUUGACGUUGGUUUAUGAGCUGGUGUUGGCUUAAUUUAUGAUGUGCUACUGGAUUCUGGGGUACUAGGUUAUAAAAUAAUCUCGAAUGGGCCAAUAAAACCCGUUGCCGCUGCCGACGCGUCUGGAUCAAAGUGAAGCUAAUAAAUUUAAUAAUCCGACAAAGUGAGUUUCAUUGCCUGCCUGUAGCAUCAAGCAAGCAAGACGCGAAGAAGAAAGUGAGUGGCAGUGGAUUAGUGUUGUAAUUGCUGGAAAUUAGCCACGUGGCCGCGGCACGGCCUUCGCCGGAGAGAAUGUGGAGCAGCAGUACCUGCCGGAUCGGGCUGCAGUCGCUGGUGCUGGCGGCACUUUUUGUGGCCGACGGUGCCCACGGCGGGUCCUGCCGGGAGGCUUCGCUGUGCUGCAGUGGUCGCGAUUCGGCCUGUGUGGUGCAAAAAGUGCCGCCGUCCGGUGCAAUAACGACGGAUUUAAACGUUAAGCCGUGCUACUGCGACCACGCUUGUCUGAAGCUGCGAGAUUGCUGUCCCGACUUUAAGUCGUACUGCGGAGUGAUCGACUGCAUCGUCAGCGAGUGGAGCCCGUGGUCCAAGUGUGACUCGACCUGCGGUCCCGGAAUGGCCUCGCGCAACAGGACGAUCCGGCAGCGACCGCAAAACGGUGGCAAACACUGUCCUUCGCUCGUACAGAAGCGUGCCUGCCCCGGGACCGACCGGGACUGCCGACACGGCCGGAGGUUGCUUCCUCAGCUUCAGGAGACGGCUCUGCUUCUGCCAGUGAUGCCAGCUCCGUCCCGGCAGAUCAACGCCGAGACGAAUGACAUCGGAUCCAGCGUGGGACACCGAGAAGAACUGUGGAAGGACACUUUUCAUCAUAAACGAGAGAGCACCAAAGGGUACUGCGUGGCGUUCGAGGUAAUGAAAGUGACCAAGCAGUGCCACAAAGAGCCCAACUAUCAUGCCCUGGCCGAGGGGGACCGCGUGGUCGUCCGGUGCGAUUUGGUGGAACCAACGUCACCAUUGAACGCCACCUCCAGCAGCGCCAGUGCCAGUGACGAUGAUGAACCUUCUUCCACAUUCACCAUGAACAACUCUAUUUCGUCGGAUGAGUCCUCUGACGGAGAUGACGAUGAAGGUGCUGACGACGUUGGCGAUGACGAUGGUGAGGCUGAUUACAAUGAAAGCAGCAGCAACAGCAACAGCAGAACCGGCAGUAAUAAAGUUGAACAACGACCGCCGAAUCGGUGCCUCGGGGAGGGUCUCACCGGUCGGAACACCCGGUUUGCAUCGCUGGCCAUUCCGGCCUGCCACGGCAAGUGGUUACGACUGACGGUUGGAGUGCCGAAAAAGUGCACCCCGGGUGAGGCGCAGUUUAUCUUCGUCUAAAACACAAAACCCGGGACCGACGACCGAUGAUACCUCCUCGAGGGAAGAUGGGAGGGGGUGGACAGGAACAACCCAUUUUGAGACAGAAGAGCAGCAGUAGAGACACGACACUCAGUGCCUGGGUCCUCGUGUGGGAGGGAGGAGGGAUUGGGCCAGCCAGCCAGCAGAAAACCGGCCUGGCAUCAUCGGUGAUACUAACUUUGUAGGACCAAACCACACCAAAAACUCACAAACAGAAAACAGACCAUUUCGAACGAAAACGGGGGUAGUAUUCGGCCAAGUACACUCAGUUACUUUGCUGCUGAAAAAAGCUUUUAUUAAAAUAAUCUUAGAAAUUCGGAAUUAUUUUCAGUACAUUUUGGGCAAACAACUUUCGAUUAAAAAGUUUGGAAGUCACUAACAGUUUUAAACUUUUGAAAUUUUACGGAUUUUGUCUUUCUUACUGAGAGAUGCUUUGAAAUCACUCGAAAAAAAAAUUAGAGUGAAUUUCUUAUCUUCAACAAACAAAUUGAGCAGUUGCAAAUAUUUUCCAAAGUUGAUAUCACUUUUUUUCUGGUGUAGGUUAGUAAGAAAUGAACAAGAUCAAUAAUUGAAAUUUUGAUGAUUUUAUUCAAAGAUUAUGGCAAAUUCAGGUUCUAUAAUCAAAAUUCAUAAAUUAAUAAUUUUGUUUUUUUUUAUUUUCUACUCUACAACCUUAUAAAACAUUGUUACUUUGUACAAAUUACCCAAAGA